CUCCCGGCCCUGACUGCCUCUAAGUGUUAGGCUUCCAUCCUCGCACCGCUAUCAAGGGCUGCACCUGCCCCUAAGUGUUAGACUCGAUACCGGUAACUCGAUAAGACCGAGCGGCGGGGAACGCUCCAUACGGUUUACGUAAAGGAUGGGGAUGGGAAAGGAGGAAGGAGAUAAAGUAAAACAAGAAUUCGAGGAGGGGGGAAAACAUCAGGGCCGUUGAUAGCCUUUUGUAUGUGAGUGCGUGUGUGUGUGGGCAAAAUGGGUUGGCCAGUUGGCGAUGAUUUUCAUGCUCCAUGUGACCCGCACGCCCGGGUUCUGCGCAAACUGGAGCGGAAGAAUAGAGCUGGAAAGGUGGAAGGGAAGGCUUGUCGCGCGGGAGGUUGUGUCAUACUAAGUAUCGUAUGUAUGAUAUAUCCUGGUAGUUGGUUCCUGGUGGUGGCUGUGGUAGUGGUCUGGGCUUCGGACAACACGGGGGGAAAACAUGAUUUAAGGAACCAAGCUCCUCUCCAUUUCUUCCUUUCGCCAUUUCUCCCUACUCUCUCUCUCUCUCUCUCUCUCCCCUCUCCCCUCCUCCUAUCUUCCCUUCAGCCUCAUAGCUUGCGCCAACUUGUCCACUUCUGUGCUUAUGUUCCAUAAGUUACCCUUCAAUUAGUGAUCGCAGCAUCUCUCAUUCGAACCGUCAAAAUGACUGCUCCUUCAACUAUUGCUACCAAGUUCCUUCCCGCAAAGGACCAGCUUGGAUUAGUUGCUGUUGGAUUCUCGGGUGGCCAGUGCAAAUCCGGUGUUGAUGCCGCUCCUUCCGCUUUGAUUGAGUCUGGGCUCUUGGCCGAUAUUCAAGAGACCUUGGAAUACACUCUUUAUCACGAUGGGGUUGUCCAUGGUUAUGCGAAACACCUUCCCGUACCGGGAACCGACCUUCCGCUACGCACUGCUGGAGCAAAGGCUCCCAUGAUCAAUCCCAUUGCUGUUUCCAGUGUUACGCAUGCUCUCUGCGACCAAGUUUACGAGCAUGCUUCCAAAGGACGCCUUGUUCUCACCUUGGGAGGUGAUCACUCUAUUGCUAUUGGUUCUGUUGCCGGCACUGCAAAGGCAAUCCGUGAACGUCACAAUGGCUCUGAGAUGGCCCUUGUCUGGGUUGACGCCCAUGCAGAUAUCAACACCCCUGAAUCUUCUGGUUCUGGCAAUAUUCAUGGCAUGCCUGUUUCCUUUUUGACUGGGAUUGCCAGACCACCCAAGGAAAACCCUGAUGUCUUUGGUUGGAUUAAGGAUGAGCAUAGAGUCAACCCUUCCAAGAUUGUUUACAUUGGCCUUCGUGACGUCGAUAUUCCUGAGAAGAAGAUACUUAAAGAUCAUGGCAUCCGCGCUUUCAGCAUGCACGAUAUUGACAAACACGGUAUUGGCAAGGUUAUGGACAUGGCUCUUGACCAUAUCAAUUGUGGCCCCGGACAAGAGGGUAUGCCAAUUCACUUGAGUUUCGACGUUGACGCCUUGGACCCAUAUGUCGCCCCGAGCACUGGUACUCCCGUACGUGGUGGACUCACCCUGAGAGAAGGAGACUUUAUAUGCGAGGUUAUCCAUGAGACUGGAUAUCUCGUGGCUAUGGAUCUCGUCGAGGUCAACCCCGCCCUCUCCGGGGAUGGCCCAGAGAGCAUUAGUGCUAGAGAAACCAUUAGAGCUGGUUGUAGUCUCGUUCGCUGCGCCUUGGGAGAGUGCCUCUUGGGUUAGAUAUCAUUAUCGUGUUGCGGACGUUCACAACCUACGGCAUUUUCGGCGAUAAGAAUUAAUGCUUUUUCAACUUA